AUGAGCGCCGACGAGGCCGGAGACCCCAGAACGAUGACUCCGAUAAAUGGUGAAUCCCAUCCGGAGUCGACUGCGACCGCGACUCCGGGUAAAAGGAAGCGUUCUACUCAGGAUGAGAAUUUGACUAUUGAGGCUGCUUCAACCACAUCGCGUGACAGUAUUCUUCUUCACGAAAACCUUCGAACCCUUGUUGGUCUCCUUUUGAAACAUGACACCGAACUCCAGCUCCUUUCUUGUCCAUUCCCCACGUCGGCAGCCAAGCCUCGGGCGAAACGCGCCAAAACAUCGGGUGAACAAGACACAUCCAACAUCCAGACACGGGUCGAGUCAGGCCGUUACAAUACCCUGCAGGAAUUUCUAAGCGAUAUUGAACGCGCUUCCGCUGCAGUUAUUGAGCGCAAUCAAAAUCAGACAAAUGGAGCAACCACCGAAGGAGCUCCUGUCACGGAGGUGGUCAAUCGCAUCGCCGCUUUUAAGAAACAUAUGAACAGCCUUGUCGGUCAAUCUUUCAUCAAUCAGCCUGACGUUAAGGCUGAGACACUAGACGAUGAUGAGGACGAUCAACUUCAGUCUACAGUCUCACAUAUCGGCGCUCGUGAGGACAAACAGGCAUUGACUUUGUUUGGCGGAAAUCCAUCACACCCGAAACAGUUGUUCUCUAGUUUGCAAAAAUCCGUCAAGGUACCGUUGCAGUCUUCUGAGCCUGGCGCGGAAAAGUUUGUGGAGGUGCAAGAACCCCUUCGUGAAGGUGGACUGCCUAAUGGCAUGGCGACCACUCGAGUGGUUCCUUUCAAUGUCGAGUCCACUGCUCCAAGGCCGAGAACAUUUGGGGAAGUCUUUGCACCCCGUUCAGGCUUGCCUCCUGUGGAACCUCGGAAGCGAAGUAAUCGAAACGCAGUCUCUUGGAUUGACCCAUUCGAUCUCGUCAUGGAUAUCAAGAACUUUUCGGGCGAGAGAAGCAACUCGGCCCUCGUGCCGCAUCACUCGGGGCAAUGGCUGCAAUAUGGCGGAAUAUCAUCAUCACCUUCCUAUUGGUCUCGUGUUGAAAAGCACCGUGAGGAUGCUGCCAACAUCGGAAUAAAGUAUGCGGACCCUGCUCUCUGGACUGGUGAUGACUCCUCCACUCUACAGGGCGUUUACUCCUCGUUUGCCCCAACAUUUGACAGUGACAGGGCUGUUAUACAAGCUGAUGCAAAGAAUAUGAUUUGGUGGGGGCAACGAGGCGCUAGACGUUUUCGUAACUGGCUAUCUCUUGCAACCCCACAAGGCGACACGCAAGAUGAUGUAGAUCUCGAAGCUAUCAAUAAUAUCGAUGACAACAUGAUUGAUGAGAUGAUUAACUCUGCCAAGCCGAAAGACUAUUCUGAAUAUCUCGCUCAAACCGAGGUGUCACCCAAGGAACCUCUGGAAUCGAGGCCGAUCGACGAGGUUCUCGCAGAGGUAUCACACUUGCUAGAGACCCUGGCUUCCUACCAAAAUAUCCGCAAAAACACAAUACCUUCUGCCACCGAACAUCUUGAGUCAAACGAAUCACCUCUACCAGAAUUCGAUGACCUAGAUACUCCAUCCGAUGCUGAGAGGGCUGUUUACGAUAACCUCAGGUCAAAAUUGGUUGCCAUUAUCAGCACUUUGCCUCCAUAUGUCGUUGCGAAGGUGAAUGGUGAUCAAUUGGGCAAACUGAACAUCAGCCAGAAGAUCAUAAUUGAGAGCCCCGACUGGAAAGGCACAAUGGAGAAAGAUGAUUACACGCUUAGCCAAGAGCGUGCUGCGGCGAUCGCUGCUCAGGCUAAUGCCGCUAACCGUGCUUCAACGCCAUCAUCGACUCGACCCAGCAGUUUCCAACCUUCUCACUCGGCGUACAACCAGCGCUCUUACAAUUCUAACGCUCGUAUAUCUCAAUCGCAAGGGGCCUUCCAAGUACCCCAGCAAGCUCGUCAACCCUCUUCGACCGGAUCAUUUACUCCGCCUUAUGCAGGGGGUCGAGCAACCCCAGGCACUCCUUCCCAACGUCCUGGUUACGGCGCUCAAUUUGCGCAAACAAACUCGCAAUACAGCCAAGCCAACAACGUACCCCAGUUCCAGCGUCCUGCUUCCAAUGGAUUCACACCCCAGCCACAGGCCUAUAAUACUCCAAGGCCUGGGCAGGCGGCUACAUACAACGCCACUCCUCAGGGACGCACACCCAAUCCCGUCGCUGCCUCGGCUCAACGAUUUCAGUAUACAAAUCAAGCCCCGUCACAGGCCUAUUCAAACAGCGCUGCCGCCGCAGCAUAUGCUCGCAGUGCGGCUGACCAGGCUACCAUGAUUGACAGGACCAAGGCCCAAACACCAGCUCAGUCACAACUUGAAGCUCGCCAUUCCCAAGAGGGUAGCUUGACACCUGGAAGCAAGCAAAAUGGCACUCCCAUUCAGUCAUAG